CCGGUGCUUGGUGUUCAGCUGGGACUACGGGGCGUGGAGGCGUGAGCGGGGUCGCAGAGGGAAGCUCGCGGCCGGAGGGAGCAAGAGAGCCAGAGGGAAGCUGGGAGCGGGCGAGCGCGCUGGUGGUGGUCGGUGGCCGAGAUGUCAGCGCAGUGCUGUGCGGGCCAGUUUGCCUGCUGCUGUGGGAAUGCUGGCUGCUCCUUCUGCUGCGGCUGCUGCCCCAAGAUCCGCCAGUCCCGGAGCACCCGCUUCAUGUACGCGCUCUACUUCAUCCUGGUCGUCAUCGUCUGCUGCAUCAUGAUGUCCAACACCGUGGCCAGCGAGAUGAGGGAGCACAUCCCUUUUUUUGAAGAUAUUUGUAAAGGCAUUAAAGCUGGUGACACCUGUGAGAAGCUGGUGGGGUAUUCUGCGGUGUACAGAGUCUGUUUUGGAAUGGCCUGUUUCUUCUUUAUAUUCUGCCUCCUGACCUUGAAUAUCAACAACAGUAAAAGCUGUAGAGCCUACAUUCACAACGGCUUUUGGUUCUUUAAACUUCUGCUGUUGGGGGCCAUGUGCUCAGGAGCCUUCUUCAUUCCAGAUCAGGAGACCUUUCUGAAUGCCUGGCGCUAUGUGGGAGCCGUUGGAGGCUUCCUCUUCAUAGGCAUCCAGCUCCUCUUGCUUGUGGAGUUUGCACAUAAAUGGAACAAGAACUGGACCGCAGGCACAGCCAGCAACAAGCUGUGGUAUGCCUCUCUGUCCCUGGUGACCCUCAUCAUGUACUCCAUCGCCACGGGAGGCUUGAUUUUGAUGGCAGUGUUUUAUACACAGAAAGAUGGCUGCGUGGAAAAUAAAAUCCUCCUGGGGGUCAACGGAGGCCUGUGUCUGCUUAUUUCAGUGGUAGCCAUCUCACCCUCUGUCCAGAAUCUCUCUUGUCAUUCUACAGGACAGCCGCACUCUGGAUUACUGCAGUCGGGUCUCAUCAGCUGCUACGUCACGUAUCUCACAUUCUCAGCUCUGUCCAGCAAACCUGUAGAAGUAGUUCUAGAUGAACACGGGAAGAACGUCACCAUCUGUGUGCCUGACUUUGGUCAGGACCUGUACAGGGACAAAAACUUGGUUGCUGGACUGGGUACCACUCUCUUGUGUGCGUGCAUCUUAUAUUCAUGUUUGACAUCGACGACCAGAUCGAGUUCCGAUGCUCUGCAGGGCCGGUACGCGGCUCCCGAACUGGAAGUAGCCCGGUGUUGUUUUUGCUUCGGCUCUGGUGGAGAGGACACUGCAGAGCAGCAGAAAGUGAAAGAGGGCCCGCGGGUCGUUUACGAUGAGAAGAGCAGCACCGUCUACAGCUACGCCUACUUCCACUUUGUGUUCUUCUUGGCCUCCCUUUACGUGAUGAUGACCGUCACCAACUGGUUCAACUAUGAAAGUGCCAACAUUGAAACCUUCUUCAGCGGGAGCUGGUCCAUCUUCUGGGUCAAAAUGGCUUCCUGCUGGAUAUGCGUGCUGUUAUACCUGGGUACGCUGGUCGCUCCCCUCUGUCGACCUGCUCCGCACUUCUCUGUGUGAGGAUCCGAGCAGUCUCCUUGGUUCAGCGGGCCUGCAGGCUGGAAGUGAUGUCCUUUGAACAAACAUCCCAGGAAUCUGAGCAGCGACUGGUACUUUGUGACAAGCUGGCAUUCCCCUGCCUGGCUUGACUGGGCCUAAAAAACUUCGAGGGAAAAAAAACAAAAAACCCCUGAUUAGCUUUUUUUGAUUCUGAAAUUUGAAAAGAAGCUACCAGUUUGUCCCAAAAGAACUGGAAUUUUCCCCCAAGCUGAUCCUGAGUGAUCAUAUAUUUUCUAUGUGUCCCACCCCUAAAAACUGGGAUAGUACUUAGGCUGGUAUUUUCCUUCUGCAUGUUUUUUACCAAAACUGAGUUUGGGGUACAUCUUAUCACAGGGAUAAAAGCUUACAUUGUGUGGCCUAUUAUUCCUAUCCUUGAAGUAAAGAGACAUGAGAAAAUCCAGAGCCCUGAGCCCCUGGCAGAAGGCAGACCCCUCUCCCACACCUCGGCCUGCGGGACCCCUGCUCAUGGUUCCCUGGUAUUUAUUGGCUACAAGAGGAAGCACCUGCUUUUAACUCCACCCUUGUGCUGUUUCCUCCCAGCCCCCAAAUGUUUCCCUUUGAAGUUGUGAUGCUGGCAGUCACAGACUUCACUCUGCCCUUGCCCUUCCCGGAGGUCCCCUCAUCCCUUCUGGGUUCAGCAUCUUUGUCAUAAUGUGAAAAAGCACAAUUUGUCAUCACCACCCACGUGAUCCCCUACCAGAUUAUCACUACCUGAUCCUAGUUACUGCGAUAGUAUGACUCUCGCUCAUGGUGUUCCUUACAUGAUUAUAGGACAAUAUUUGUGUCUCCUUUGCUGUUGUUCUUACUUGUUUGUGGAUUGAUAGUCAUGAUACUUUAGGACCUUACCUGGGACGUUGCUUCUUGACUGAAGCCUGCCGCACCCCUCUUUCCUUUACUGAAGUCAGCCAGUUUCUCUUCCAUUUGAGGCCUUUGAAGUGAUAAAAGCAAAAGGGCUUUUGUUUUCCAGAUCUGUAAUGUGAGCACACCGUUAACGUCCAUUAUGAUUUUGGGGGUAGAUUUGCUGAGGUGAGGAUCACAGGCUAACCAGGUAAGGCCUCCAAUUAUACAAGUUGUAGAAGUGACCAGAUAUACUUAGGAGAAAAGGUGGGUGGGGAGGUAUUUGAGCCGUAAGCAAAAGCCACAGAAAUUUCCACAACACGUACUUCCAAGGUGAUACCGAAGAGAGAUUUGACUCUAGGCAGCUGCCCAACAAGACGUCCAUUUUCAGUGCUGAUGCUCUCACCCAGGGAAGGGUUUACGCAGUGGAAAGUGCGUUAGAGAGCCCGGUGGAGACACGCUGGGGACGCACCUCUCAGUAUUUCAUGCCGGAUGGAAAGAAUCCUCUCAGCACCCUGGCUGAGAGGGUCUGAGGAUGAAAAGAUUUGGCCUGUACUUUCUGUGCCCUGCUGUAGGCACUGAGUCCCACCUAAGCUGGACUCCAGUAUGCCAGAAUGCUGGCCUGGGAAAUUAGUCUAAUUCUUCAUUUCUACUCAGUCCUUUGCCCUCCUGUCAAAAAAUUUGGGCGGGGGGCGGGGGAGAGGCGAGGGUCGUACAACGGAUGAUUUCUCCAGGAACUUGCCUUAUUUACAGUAUUGGAGAUUCACUUUUUAAAGGCACUCGUGUGUGUGAGAGAGCCUUGUUUUGUAAACUUUAUCAGGUUUUUUUCAGACCAGGAGCUCUUUGGGCUCAGUGGUCCAAAGAUCUUCUGUAGGCACAAAAGGAAUGGCCACCAUGUGUAGCACGCAGUUAAGCCAGUGGGAGUGGGAGCUCUGUGGGUUGGACGGGUGGAGAAAGUGGGCUUGUGUGUGUCUCAGCGUCCUGGCAGAGGCCACUGCAGUGGCUGGUGCAGUGACAUGGGGCGUCGGGUAAGCCGGGAGGAGAGGCAGGUCCAGAGUCUAGGUGCUGUCAGUCACUGGUUUCGUUGUGUUUUCUUCCUGCUGGGGUCUAGCGGGGUCUGGCAGCCAGCUGUGUGACUUUAGAACCGGCCCUUCUGGCAGGUCAAGGUCAAGGUCAAGCUGACCAGGCCCUUAGCCGGCCUUCCUUGGGCCCUUUCUAUGCAGAAAGAAACUCAGGGAGACACAAAGGAAAGGACAUUACCAGUGGCCAGGCUUCCUUCCUUAGCCACCCACCCCCCACAGCCAACCCACAUUUUCCAGCUGCUUAAGACUCAGUGCCCUAAUAAUGCUCCUUUCUGAAGGCUGGUCUGACACAGGAAGGAGAGUUACAGUCACUCUGAUUUUUAUUCUCAACUGAAAAUGUAAGCAGGUUUAUCGAAAUGAUCAAGAAAGAUGUGGAGGUUCUCUGAGGACUGAGGGCAUAUAAAUAAGAAAUUAACUUUAGUGACUAUUAAUUGAAUAAACAAUACUCAGGUGGUAAGUCAGCAUUCAUGGGUUUAAAAAACCUACAUUUUUGUGUUUUAAGAAACUGGAAACGUGCCAAUUGCUUUGAGUUGCUGGUAAGGAUGAUGUUCAUUUGAUAAAAUCACUGAUAAUCUUUUUAAAAUAAUAGACUUUUGCUUCCUACAACUUUUUAUACAUGAUUUUAAAGAGUGCAUUUCCAGAAGCUGCUGGUCAGACUCCUUUAGCUAUGAGAGGUGAAGAUUUUUUAAAACUGUAUGCUUCCUCUAUGCUGUUCAUCUGAUGUGGAAAUUCCCCCCGACCCCCCAAUUUUCAUGAGUGAAAACACUUAAGUAGGGGAAGGGAUUCUUCUGGGAGUGACCCUGUGUAUGUCUAGGUGUGUCACCUGACUGAAGAUCUGAUACUUUUUUGUCAAAGGCUUUGGAAACCCUACUUUGUCCUUAGUGGGUUGAAUUAUUUAAUACCGAUCCGUUGGUUUUGCUUUUGUCCUCAUGGUUUCUUGGGAGAUGGCUUGAAAGAAUUCUUCACCAGAUCUCUUUGGAGCUUCUUUGUAGAGUAAGUAGAUGGGCCAUGUGCAUGUGGGCUGAUGGAGGGUGGGGUUGCUGGGCAUUGGGGGUUCUGGUGCUCAUGAGGAAUGGUCAGCUCUCACACCCCAUUGUUUAUUUCCAGUUGUUCAGAGGCGACUCCAUUAUGGAUGACCUCUGUGCAGUGCUAAUUCCCCCCAAAUUGUCACCUUCUGCCUUUUUAAGGUUGUGUGCGUAUUUAAUUUUGGCCAGAAGUUUACUGCCGUUGGUGCUUCCUGUUACCCUGCAAAGGGAAUUCCAGAGCCUGUGUGCAUUUAAGCUGCCUAGGCCUUUUUCUCCUUUGACUGCCUUUCUAAAGAGCAUCUCAUUUUGGUGUGCAUUCAUGUCCUACCCCUCUUGGAAGUGAGAAGGGGUUCUAGCUAUAACCAAGAAGAGUGUGACCUUGAGCCAAGACCCCACGUGUCCAGAGAGCACGCUGGGCCCCCCUUAGUCAGGGACAGUGCCGGUGCCCCUGGGUUCAUGGCAUUCUCUGUAGGGUAUUCUCCUUAAUUUACUAAAUCCCUCUGGCUUUGUCCUGAACUGUGUUUCCUGCCAUCUUUAAUACAUUUGUAGAGCCUGAGACAUUUUAAUCCAGUUUUGCAUUUUAGGCAGGGAUGCGCUCUCUAGUGUUGGACCUACUUUGAAGGACGCAGAUCUUUUGAAUUAAUGCCAGCCAUUCUAAAGAUCAUCCUCUCUUUCUCUUUUUUUUUCCCUUUCCUCAGUAAAUCGUUUGCAGAGGCGUUCAUUUUGAAAGGAGGAAAUAUUUGGCUUUUACCAAAGAGGUGUUCUUUUUUUUUUAAAGCAAAAUCCUUUCAGCAAAAACCUACUUGGGGAAGGGUGGAUUGAGAAUGCAUUUGUCUACAUCCACUUCUGUAGGUGUUUAAUCAUAUUUAUGUGAGUAAAAUGUUGGAAGAAGUCUUUAAGGUAAUCCUUUGUGGCGAAGGAUCCUGGGAAAUUCUCUCAGGUAAAGAAAACUUGCAGCAGAUGGGUAAUAUAUGUUUUGAGAGAUAUUUAUAAGAAAUUUAAGGAUCGUUUUGUUUUCCUUUAUUAAAGAUUUAAGGUCUUUUUACUUUGCAAAGAAAAAAAAACUACAAAAGUUUUGUAGUCAUAACUUUGUUACUUUUUUUUUUAACUUUUCAGAAAUAAUUAGAUGUAGCCAAAUUAUGUGGUUAUGUUUUGCUAUGUUAGAAUUCGAAAAUGUAAUAUGUGUGGUAAAUCUGCUGUUUGAAAUUUAUAAUGGUCUCAGACAUGGUUGGAAUUUUGGUAACUUUUAAAAUAGUUAUUUUUUUCCUUUAUGUCACAAAGGCAACUAUGGGUUUAUAUUUGUUUUUUUGAAUGCUAAUUUUUCUAUGAAGCAGCUGAAGUUGACCAGUCUUUUCCUAGGUAGAAAACUCAAAGCUUGCUAACUCUGUACUUUAAUAAAAUUGAAAAUUAAAAACUA